AUGUCCAACGUCAAGACCUUCCACGACUCCGUUCUGACCGCUGCGUCUGGCGGUACCGCCACUCCCAAGCUCCUCCCGAACGGAGACCAGAAACCUUUGGAGAAACCCAAGGCAAAGGACUGGACUUCCCACUUGUCUACCGAGUCCAAGACCCGCAAGGCCUCUCCCUUGAAGAGUUCUUUCAAGUACUUGUCUAACCCCGGUCUCAUCUCCCUCGGUGGAGGUUUGCCCACACCCGCCUACUUCCCCUUCGAAUCCAUCUCCGCCAAGGUCGCUACCGUCGGCAAAUUCUCCGAAGAGGAGACCCUGACCUCCGGUACUACCAUGUCUGUUCCCAAGUACGACAAGAGCGCUGGCGCCUACGACCUUGCCCGUGCGCUGCAAUAUGGAUCUGGCUCUGGUAGCCCCGAGCUCCUUGAAUUCUUGACUCAGCAUACCGAGAUGAUCCACCACCCCCCCUACGCCGAUUGGAAGUGUGUCAUGACUGCCGGAAACACCUCCGCUUUGGCCACUUGUUACCGCAUGUUGAUGAACCGCGGCGACUUCUUGUUGAUGGAGGAGUAUACUUUCCCUUCUGCUGUCGAGACUGCCAGCCCCAUGGGUAUCAAGCCACUUGGCGUCAAGAUUGAUGGUGAGGGUGUCAUUGCUGAGGCUUUGGACGAGCUCCUCUCCAACUGGGACGAGGCCGCCCGCGGUGGUCGCAAGCCCCACGUCAUGUACCUCAUCCCCACCGGUCAGAACCCCACCGGAUCCACUGGCUCUGCUGAGCGCCGCAAGGCUGUCUACGCCGUCUGCCAGAAGCACGACGUCAUCAUUCUCGAAGAUGAGCCCUACUACUUCCUCCAGAUGCAGCCAUACGUUCGUGAUGCCCCCCCUGCACCACUGCCUGGCUCCCACGAGGAGUUCAUCGCUGACCUCAUCCCCUCUUACCUUUCCCUCGACACUGACGGCCGUGUCAUCCGUCUUGACUCCUUCUCCAAGGUCAUUGCACCCGGAUCCCGUUGCGGAUGGCUCACCGGUCCUGCUCAGCUCAUGGAGCGUGCCCUCCGUCAUAACGAGGUCUCUAUCCAGUCCGCCUCUGGUUUCUCUCAGGCCAUUCUGUACCAGCUCCUUUCUCAGACCUGGGGCCACUCUGGUUACCUCGACUGGUUGAUCAACCUCCGCGCCGAGUACACCGCUCGUCGUGACAUCUGUCUCAAGGCCAUGGAGGAGUACCUCCCAGAAGGUAUCUGCUCCUGGGUCAACCCCGCCGCCGGUAUGUUCAUCUGGAUCGAGGUUGACCCCUCCAAGCACCCUCAGAUUUCAGAGGGUUUGCCCGUCAUCGAGGACCGUGUCUUCCAGAAGGCUAUCGACAAGAACGUCCUUGUCGUCCCUGGAUCAUGGUUCAUUGUUGAUGAGGAUGCCAAGUACAGCAAGGGCAAGUUGUUCUACCGUAUCACUUUUGCUUGUGUUGCGUCUGAGUUGGUUGUGGAGGCUUUGAAGAGGUUCGGAGCUGCUAUCAAGGAGGAGUAUGGUAUUGCUGCUUAA